GAGAGAAAGAGCUCUAGCUAGCUAGAUCACAUAACAUGGGGAGGCCACCUUGCUUUGACAAAAUUGGGAUUAAGAAAGGACCUUGGACUCCAGAGGAAGACAUCACCUUGGUCUCUUACAUUCAAGAACACGGACCAGGGAAUUGGAGAUCAGUUCCCAUCAAUACUGGUUUGAUGAGAUGCAGUAAAAGCUGCAGACUUAGAUGGACUAACUACCUUCGACCAGGUAUCAAACGAGGUAACUUCACUGAUCAUGAAGAGAAGAUGAUAAUCCACCUUCAAGCUCUUUUGGGUAACAGAUGGGCUGCUAUAGCUUCCUAUCUUCCACAGAGGACAGACAAUGACAUAAAAAACUUUUGGAAUACCCAUUUGAAGAAGAAGCUCAACAAACAACAAACUGGGACUGAAGAGGGUCUUGAAAAAGAAGGACAUUCUAAAUCUUCACAUGAAAAGGGUCAAUGGGAGAGAAGGCUACAAACAGAUAUUCAAAUGGCCAAGCAAGCUUUAUCUGAUGCUUUGUCCCUUCAAAAACCAAACCAUAUUUUGCCUGAUACAAAUCCUUCAGAUUCUCAUCACCUAACCUUUGAUACAAAACCAAACCAUGCAUCAUCCCCAUACGCAUCAAGCUGCGAAAACAUAGCUCGAUUGCUUGAAAACUGGACGAAAUCACCAAAGUUAACUGAUACAAAUUCAGGAUAUUCCUUCAACAAUAACAUGGUCACGACAGGAUCUAGUUCUAGUGAGGGAGCACUGAGCACCACCAACGCAUGUACACCAGAUCAUGGUUUUGAUUCCUUAAUGACCUUCAACUCCUUCAAAUCUGAUGGCUCAGUUGAAGAGAACAACAACUUCACAACGAGGGUUGGUCUCUUCCAAGAUGAAAGGAGGCCAAACUUGGAGACACAAGUCCCUCUUACGUUGCUUGAGAAGUGGCUUUUUGAUGAUGGAGCAGUUCAAUGUCAUGAAGAUCUAAUGAAUAUGUCACUGGAAGAAAGUACCGCAAGUUUGUUUUAGAAAGCAGCUCAACCUAGGCACUGAAGAUCCCUUGUUAUGGCUUUUUUAAUUUUAGUGGUAAGAACUCUUAGAAAACUUGAGCUCUUGCAAAUGGAACUUUUUCUGGAUCUCAUGAGUAGGAAGAUAACACCCUCUUACUCUACAAACAAGAAUUGUACAUUACAAGUACA